UGCAGGUAAUUUAUGUUCACUGAUUUUCGUACAUUUACUAGUGUUUUAGAAAUGGCACUUGAAGUCGAAAAGGAACAGAAAAUGUACUAUGAACACCUUAUCCUUCAAACAAUGCAGAACCUUGCAAUAUUUUACAAUAUAUCAGGCCGUAUCGGGAAAGGUGAACCUUUGCAACUUGAAGUGUUAAGACGAAGACUCCACGUUAUUGGAACAGAGAAGCACCCUAUUAUUGGUUCUGUAAUGAACAACAUGGGAAUAAUGUAUAAAAAUAAAGGAGACCGGGAAAAGGCAGCGCAUUUCUUCCAAAAAAGUUUAGAGAUAAAGUUGGAGACAAAAGCCCCUCUAAAGGCUAUAAUAGUCUCUGAAAGAAAUGUUGCAGAAAAUUUAAUAGAAAUGGGUCAAAAUGAAAAGGCCGUAAUUCUGCUUACCAAUAGUCUUCAGCGGUUUGAAAAUAUAUCCGAUUAUUACUAUGAUGCUCGAUCUAUGCUUUUUGAGAUUCUUGGGAAAGCUUACAUGAAAUUAGGAAAUUUUGAAAAGGCAGUACCAGCCUACAAACAGGCGCUUGAAUUGAAAUAUAAAAUAUCAGUGACAGAUCUUACUUUACUUGAUCUCGCUUACAAUUAUGCAAAGUGUCUUAUAUCUCUUGGAAAAUUUAAAAAAGCUGAAAGAAUUUUACAAAUUGAAUUAAGAUUAUGUGAUCUAAUUAUUGAACAGAACCCUGUCAAUCUUGUCAUUAUUGAUUGUAUUGAGUUAUUGAUUGACGUUCAGUUCACUCUAGGAUUGAAAGAAGAAAUGUUAUUAACUCUAAACCGUGCAAAGGGUGAAUUACACCGACUGAUUGUAGCAUUUGAAAAUUCAAAAGAUUUCAAUAAACGCGAAGAGACAUCUGGACGUCUUAUUAGAAUCAAACGUGAAUAUGAUGGUAUUAUUAAAACGUUUGAUGUGGGAAGUGAAACACGAUAA